AUGGGCGACUGCAAGGGGAAGAGCGGGAGCAGCCUUGACCGUGUGGGGAUGGGGCAGCAGCGUCCGGCGAUAUGGGCGGGGAAGUCGCACGGGACGGCGGCGGGGAAAUCGCAGGGGACAGCGGCGCCUCAAGCAACUUCCAACGCCGGCGACGAGCGCGACCUUCACGGGCUGGACAACGACAAGAUGCGGGCGACGGGCGCGAGCUGGAAGACGGCGGGAUUCGGGCGGCGACGGGGGCGGCGGCGGCGGGGCCGGGGAGCUAGGCUGCGGGGGCUCCAGCUGCUCCUGUCUCCGGCGCGAACGAGGGCGGGUGCUAGCGGCGGACGGGGCGGAGGGGGCGGGAGCUGGCGGCGGGGCGGCGUACGAGGCGGCGGGGCCGAGAGCGGCGGCGGGGCGGCGUACGGGGGCGGACGCCGCGACGGGCCGGAGAAGGCUGGCGGCGGGGCGGCGAACGGGGGCGGACGCUGGCGUCGGGAAGGGCGACGAGAGGAGAGAAGAGCUCGAGGACAGGGUAUCGGGCUGGGGGCUGUGUGGCCGUUCGGUGGUACAUCUUUUUUUGUUUGGGCUUCUGCUUUUGGGGGUCUAAAAGCAGCAAAAGCAGAAGCAGAAGCCCAAACAAACGGAGCCUAA